AUGAGCUUUAUUAGAUCAUCAAGUUCUUUAGGAGAACCUGGUAGUGGUGCUGGAAAAGGAGGUGGUGGUGGUGGUACCAUAAGAGAAGCUGGUGGUUCAUUUGGUAAAAGAGAAGCUGCACUAGAAGAUGAAUAUUUUUAUCGACAACAAAAGGAACAACUUGCCAAAUUAAAGGAUAGCAUUUCUGAUGAGAUUAGCUUUCAUCAAGAACAAAUUGCUCGCCAUCAAGAAGCUAUCGAAAGAAACAGAAAAAGAGUCGAAGAACUUUCUAAACACGAAUAA